CUGAAGCUGUUCCCCUCAGUCUAACGUCAUCACGGAGCAUUCAAGAGUAUUAUAAACAUUAGAUAUUAUUAUUUUUAUCUGUGUAAUGAGUGUGUAAUUAUCAGUUAAUAAAACAAAUUGAAAAACGUGUAACUUUAGUUUUAAAGGAGCGGUAGCCUGCGAAAAGAAAAAGAACUCAUUGGGAGAAAUUUUUACUAUAGCUCCAAGUCUGUUGCUUCUUAUAAACCAACAUGACUGCUCCAAUUAAUACUGCUAUGGAUAAUUUGUGUGCUGCUCAAAAGUCCAACAUUAUACCAAAUCAGGAGUACUUGCUGCAGGGAUCUGUAGUGGACAAAUCCGUAGAGGUAUUGCUACAUAGGCUUCGUGGCUUAUGUGACAAUGUGGAUAGUGGACCAGAGACCUUUAGUGAUCAUGAGAUGUGUUUCAGUAUUCGCAGAGGUUCCCCGCAGGAGCAACCUCUAUUGCUACGUGUACGUCGCUCUAUGGAACCGAACUUUGCCGAUAUGCCAUGGCAACUACGAUAUAUUGGCCAGCCCGAAUUAGGCGAUAAAUCUCGGCCCACAAUUGUACGAAGCAGCAUCGAUAUUGCUACUAGCAACACUGUGGUGGAUUUCCUCACUGAACUGGGCUGUAAAUUGGAUUAUGAAUAUAUUACUCGUGGUUACAUAUUUCGCAAAGGUCGAAUGAAGAUUAUUGUUUCAAAGAUUAUCAAAGUAAAUCAAAUGAACAAAGUGCCAGAAUCUGUACCGGAUUAUAUAACACCGAGUUAUCUGGUAGAGCUAAGUGUGCUAGCUCCAAGUGGACAAGAUGCCAUAGCAGAAGACAUGAGAGUAUUUGCGGAACAACUACGACCUUUGGUGCAAUUGGAGAAGAUAGAUUACAAGAGAUUAGUACAUUAAUUAUGAGAUUUUUAUCGGAAAAAAAUAUGGAGCAUUUUGAAUAAAUUGUAAAGUUGAAUAUUGGAUGGUCAAAUUGAAAAUAAAUGUCGCAAUUAAAAUAAUUAGGAGAAUAAAAAGUAAUUAAAAGAGGAAAUUUUUUAAAUACUUUUUUAACAAUCAUAGUUUUAGUAUUUAUUAUAAUCUAACGGGUAAAAUUUUUCCAUUUUACGUUUUAACUUGACUCAUCACGAUUUAUAAAAGAUGCUCUGUACUUAUUCAUUGAGCUUUCUCUCAGAUUUCUUAAUUUGGCAUGAAGAAUUUAUUUCUAUCUUUUAUAAAAUGUAAAAUUAGUAUAGAGAACUUAAAAAUAAUAGCUAUAUCUAUAAAGACUA